AUGCAACAAGGAAAGAUGUACUUUGCCAGCCUUGAUGAUUCGCCUAUGUUUCGGCAACAGCUCCAGUGUUUGGAAGAAAGUGCUGAGACAUUAAGAGAUAGGAGUCUGAAGUUCCAUAAAGGAUGUCGAAAGUACACAGACGGGCUUGGAGAAGCAUAUGAUAGGGACAUUUCUUUUGCAAAUUCCCUUGAAACUUUUUCAGGGGGGCAUAAUGAUCCAAUUUCUGUGGCAUUUGGAGGCCCUGAUAUGGCAAAAUGUGCAAUUGCUUUGAGGGAGAUUGGAACUUACAAGGAAAUUCUUCGAUCACAGGUGGAGCAUGCACUGAAUGAUAAAUUAUUACAAUUUGCCAAUGUUGAUCUUCAAGAUGUCAAGGAAGGUCGCAAGCGUUUUGACAAAGCUAAUGCUUCUUAUGACCAGGCUCGUGAAAAGUUUCUAUCAUUGAGGAAAGGUACGAGGAUGGACAUAGCUGCAUCCAUAGAGGAGGAACUUCAGAAUGCAAGGUCGACUUUUGAGCAAGCUCGCUUUGGUCUGGUUGGUUCUCUUUCGGCUGUUGAGGCAAAGAAGAGGUUUGAAUUAUUAGAGGCUGUUGGCAGUACAAUGGAUGCUCAUCUUCGUUAUUUUAAACAGGGCUAUGAGCUAUUGCAUCAAAUGGAGCCUUACAUCAAUCAGGUCUUGGCUUAUGCCCAACAUGCAAGACAAAAUUCCAAUUAUGAGCAGGCAGCUCUCAAUGAACAGAUGCAAGAUUACAAAAGAAAGAUUGAUCAAGAAAGUCGGCGGUCUUCCAUUGGUCCUCAUGGUUAUCCAAAUGUGGAUGUCAUACAACCUUUUUCAAGAAGUUCUCAUAAAAUGAUAGAAGCUGUGAUGCAUUCUGGUGCUGAGGGCAAGGUACAAACAAUCAAACAAGGAUAUCUCUCAAAACGUUCCUCCAAUUUGAGAGGCGACUGGAAGAGAAGAUUCUUUGUUCUUGAUAACCGAGGAAUGCUUUAUUAUUACCGCAAACAAUGGAGCAGAUCAACUUUUCAUGGAUCUGGCAGUCAGUUUCCCAUGCAUAGAAGUUCUCCCUCUGAACAGAGUACUGGGCUGUUGGGUCGGUGGCUCUCUUCCCAUUACCAUGGUGGUGUACAUGAUGAAAAAUCUGUUGCACGUCACACGGUGAACCUGCUUACAUCAACAAUAAAAGUUGAUGCAGAGCAGUCGGAUCUGAGAUUCUGCUUCAGGAUAAUUUCUCCAACAAAAAUUUACACUUUACAGGCUGAGAAUGCAUCCGACCAAAUGGAUUGGGUUGAAAAAAUAACUGGAGUUAUUUCUUCUUUGCUCAGUUUCCAGUCACCUGAUAGGCAAUUCUGUUCUAGCCCAGCAAGUGAGAGUAGUUCCCUCGGAAGUCCAGAUCAUGAUCAAAGGACCAUUGAAGAAUAUACACCUGAGAAGGAGAUUUCAUCAAGAAAUAUUAUACGAUCAUCCAGAAGUUCCCAACAGUUGCAUUACAACAUGAAAAAUGAGAAGCCAGUUGACAUAUUACAAAGAUUACCCGGAAAUGAUAAAUGUGCUGACUGUGGUGCACCUGAACCAGAUUGGGCUUCCUUAAAUCUUGGUAUUCUUAUAUGUAUAGAAUGUUCUGGCGUCCACCGUAAUCUUGGCGUACAUAUAUCUAAGGUGAGAUCCUUAAUACUUGAUGUGAAAGUGUGGGAACCUUCUGUCAUAACUUUGUUUCAGGCAUUAGGUAAUGUCUUCGCGAACUCGAUAUGGGAGGGAUUAUUGCAAGCAAGAAGAACCAUGCAGGCUGAUGAAAUACCAAUGCGCCAUUUUGAAUCUGACAAACACAAACAGUUCUUUAGUAAACCAAGCCAUGAUGAUCAUAUUUCGAUCAAGGAGAAGUUCAUUCACGUGAAGUAUGCAGAAAAACGUUUUGUACACAAAAUAAAGGACAGUACUCAUCUUCUCUCAGUUGCUGAACAGUUGUGGGAAAGUGUUGGUACAAAUGACAAAAAAGCAGUAUACCGCCUAAUAGUCAUAUUUGAAGCAGAUGUCAAUGCAAUUCAUGAUAAUGGUUCUUCAAGAUCCUCAUACCGAGAAGGAGAAAAUGAGGAUCGAGUCAUUCAUGAAGGUUUUGAUGGUUGUUCCCUGCUUCACCUGGCCUGCCAAACUUGUGAUAUUGGCAUGGUAGAGCUGCUCCUGCAGCACGGGGCAAAUGUUAAUGCUUGUGAUUUGAGGAAUCAGACACCACUGCAUCACAGUAUCAUGCGGGGAAGAAUUGGAAUUGCAAAAUUUUUACUCACGAGGGGAGCCAAUCCACAAGCUGUUGACAAAGAAGGUAAAACUCCUUUGCAGAUUAUUGCAGAAUCCGAUGUCGAUGAUGUUGAGCUCAUUGCUCUUUUAAAAACUGCAAAUAGAUAG